GGAAAGAUUUCUGAGAAUCUUAGAAAGUUAUCAUCAUCCUUACGUAAGAGUGAUUCCAGAUGGAGAAUGGGUUAUGGGAGGUUUUAGGUUCAAAAGGUUUGUUGAAGAAACAUGAAUUCAUUAGGAUUUUGGUUCAAUGCUUAUACUCGUUAGGAUUCAAGAACUCUGCUUCUUGUUUGGAAAUCGAGUCGAACAUCUCGUAUAAAUCAGCUGAUUAUGAGUUUCUUGAAAAGCAAGUUUUGAGUGGUGAUUGGGAUAGUUGCGUAGCGGUUCUGGACAGGAUUUUUGAUAAUUCCAAGGAUGAUACGAGGAACACGGCUUUAUAUUUAGUGUUUAAGCAAUGUUUGUUGGAGUAUUUGAAACGUGGGGAUGUUUCUUUGGCCUUGAAUGUGUUACGGAAGCAAGCUCCGAUGUUAAGGAUGGGGAAAGAGAAGAUUCACAGGCUUGCUUGUGAUAUUGUUUAUUCAAAAGAGAUGGAAUCCGGUGAAGUAGACAGCUGUUUGGUUCAGGGUUUGAGGAAAAAGUUGUUGGUUGAACUCGAGAAGUUGAUUCCCUUGCCAAUUGUUAUUCCUGAGAGAAGGUUGGAACAUUUGGUUGAGACUGCUGUGAUGGACCAGAUUGAUACAUGUCUGUAUCAUAACUCAUGGGGUGCAGUAUCACUUUACAAGGAUCACUGUUGCGGUAGAGAUCAAAUUCCUUCAGAGACUGUCCAGAUUUUGAUGGCACAUAAAAAUGAAGUGUGGUUUGUGCAAUUCUCUAAUAGUGGCAAAUAUCUGGCCACUGCAUCAAGUGACUGUACAGCUAUAAUAUGGAAGGUACUGGAUGAUAACAAAGUCGAACUGAAGCACACGCUUGAGAGCCACCAAAAUCCAGUUUCUUUUGUCUCGUGGAGCCCUGACGAUACUAAACUGCUUACAUGCGGAAACGCUGAGGUUCUUAAGCUAUGGGAUGUUGACACAGGUGUGUUGAGACACACAUUUGGAAACAACAAUACUGGAUUCACUGUCAGCUCUUGCGCAUGGUUCCCUGACUCAACUCGGCUUGUCUGUGGCAGUUCUGACCCAGAAAGAGGGAUUGUAAUGUGGGAUACUGAUGGAAACGAGAUCAAAGCCUGGAGAGGAACGAGAAUUCCAAAGGUGGUGGAUUUGGCUGUGACGCCGGAUGGCGAGAGUAUGAUUACAGUGUUUUCGGAUAAAGAGAUCCGGAUCUUGAAUUUAGAGACAAAAGUCGAACGUGUUAUCUCUGAGGAACAACCAAUUACUUCCCUUUCGAUUUCUGGAGAUGGUAAAUUUUUUAUAGUCAACUUGAGCUGCCAAGAGAUACAUCUUUGGGAUCUUGCUGGAGAGUGGAAACAACCAUUGAAGUUCUCGGGUCACAGGCAGAGCAAAUACGUGAUACGGUCAUGUUUUGGUGGGUUGGACAGUUCGUUCAUUGCCAGUGGAAGCGAGGAUUCACAAGUUUACAUAUGGAAUCUAAAGAACGCAAAGCCGCUUGAAGUGUUAUCAGGUCAUUCCAUGACUGUAAACUGUGUGAGCUGGAACCCGAAAAAUCCUCGGAUGUUGGCCUCUGCUAGUGAUGACCAAACCAUCCGUAUUUGGGGACCGGGCAAACCGAACAAACCAGAGAACUGAUUAGAUAACCAGAAACCGUAGUAGCUUUAAACCAGGACCUAGUUCUAGUAGUUCCACAUUUGUGUAUAGUUCAUUUCUUUCUUUUUUUCUUUUUUUCUUUUUUGGUGUUCCUUAUUGGCUUUGCAGAACAAUUUCUUGCUUUUUGAGUUUUGGUACACUAGUUUUGGAAGAUCGGAUUUGAGAUGAGACAUGAAUUGAAACCAAACCGGUUUAUGCGAAAAACGGAAACAAGCUAUAUGUGUUGAGAGGUUAGGUGGUUGGCAAUUGUUUGUUGAUCACAGCAAAACUUAGCUAACUUGUUGUUUCGUUGGUCCUUUGUUACAAUGUGGCUCCACCGUUAUCUACUAGUAAAUAACUAUAUAUAUACCAAUGUUAUACUAAGCUAAUACAUAAUUUGAAACAUG